UCCCCCAAAGUGUCAUUUUACACCUUUGAAAACCCUGCUUCCAUGUUCUCGCUCACCCAACAUGUGCAAUCGGAUGAAGAUGCCGGAAACGGAGCGACGAGAGUAUUCAUUUGCUCAUCCUGUACGAAAGCUGGCACUAGGCACUGGACUGGCCAUUGA